GAACAAACUUCGUCUCAAUCAAUAUGGCGCAUGUUAUGAUAAAUUGACAGCUGUGUUUUGUCUCCUUAGGUACGGACGUUGGAAUGUUUAUUUUGCAUCGCCAGAAGGCUGCGAGUAAAAUUAAUAUUUAACAAUUAAUAACAAUGACUAGACCGUUCGGUAACAGUGAUAAACGUUUUUCUAUUGACGAUGCAUUUGAAGAGGAAACCGAUGAAGCCAUAAAAGUGUAUGGAGCUACGGGCGAUCGGUCUCCAAUGCAGAAUAAACUCAAGAAUGGAGGCGAUUAUUUAUCAAGCAAAACCUACAAAUGCACUGAGGACACCACAUCACGCGACUCCGACUCACUAAUACACGAAUACGAGGAAGCCACGCAGUCGAUGUACUGCUGGAACCAUCCCAAAGUAAGGGAGAACUGGAAAACAGUCUGCGCCGCUGUCAUACUCCUGUUGGUUGGAGUAGCACUCCUGGGGAUGGGCGCGUACGCAGUGGCCGAGCCUGAGAACGGGCUGCAGGGCGCUGUGUUCUUCGUGGCCGGUCUGAUAUGCUUCGUGCCUGGUGCGUACCACGUUGUUUACAUCUGGCUAGCGGCCCGUGGCCAGAGAGGAUACGACUUCUACCAUCUCCCUCUGUUCACUUGAUUCCGUUGUUUUUUUUAUAGUCAAUUGAUAUGUAAAUCAAAAAUAGGAAUGCGAUAUAUAGCAACCUGAAUUCGGUGCUGUUGCCUGAUUAGCUCUCUAAUGUUAAGCUGGGUGUAGACCUACGUAAUAUGUAGUGUAAUAUUGUGUAAUGUAAUGCAAACGGUGUGGCCGAGAACUGCGAGCGUCUGGGUUAACACGAAUGACAAUGUGGUAAAAAAAUAAUUUCAUUGCUCGAUCAAAUUCACGAACUGUGUCGUUUGUUUAGUCUAAAACUACUUAGUUGUGUAUUCAAACUACUUAAUUCUUUUUGCUCUUUCUCAUAAGAACAUCAAAUCUGUAAAAACAUGUUUUAGCUAUUGAGAUGUUUUGCCUGUUUUAUGGUAAAUUCUUAAAACUUAGUGUCAAAACUCGUUAAUGGCUAAAAUAGGUUGGUAGGAGACUUAGAUUUUAUAAAAUACAUGACUGAAUUUUCCGUAAUGCUGUCGACACAUAAAAAUUGCAUUACAUUACACGCAACAUUACAGUACACACAUCUGGACCCGGCUUUAGGUAAAGCUUGUAAGGUUGUAAUAUAGAAUUCGUAGCGUAAAACUGGCAACGUUAGGGUAUUAUUUGUAAAAAUUGAUUUAAUAUUCCGAUAGUGAAGUGAAACGUUAAUUAUUAGAUUCUCAUUAUUUAUUCUCUGUACUCUAUUACUAAAAUUUUAUAUAAAAAUGUAUUUAAGAACUUCUAAUGAAAACAUUAUUGUAAUGGAUAAGUGUAGAUUUAUAUUAAACUUGUUCUAUGAUUAACGUUUUAGGACAGGUAUCAGCGUAUUCAGCUAUUUUUUUUUUUUUUAUUAUUCAAAUAUUUGUUUUCAAAUUUGGUAUCUAAUUUAUAUGUUGCCAGUCCUAAAAUACGAAAGCGUGUUUAAAAAAAAAAUUUAAAUACAUUAUAUAACUUAAUUGUAACACUGUCUGAUAUUGCAUGCAGUUAUCUUGAGUUCGAUUUGUAAAGCUAAUAAUAGUGUAUAUUUUGCAAUUGCUUAAUUUAUAAAAAAUAUAUAUAUAUAUACUUAACGAAUUUUUAUAAACUCUGUCCAACUAUUAGGUUUAUCUUCUAUGUAUAAAGAUCUCUUAGUUAAAUGUAAAUAUAAAUUAAUUUAAUUUAAACAUAUAAAAGUGAUGGUACUCGUUAAAACAAUUAGACAGUUGACUGUUUUUAUAAAAUUUUAAUAUGAAUCUAAUAUUGUCCAAUUUAAUAUUGAAAUAAUAAUUUUAACAUAAUAAUACAUUGAUAAUAACAGACUAUAUAAGUGCCUAGACGCAUAGAAAUAGUGCAUGAUUUUAUAUAUUAAAUAAAAAAUAAAAUAAUAAUAAAAACUAUACUUGCGAACAUAGAACCUCCUUUUUUGAAGUCGGCUAAAAAUGUUACUAUUUUAAUGUCUAUUACUCUAUGAAUUAAUGUAACAGUCCUAUUGCUCGUUUAAAACUGUGAAACUAUUUUUUAUUCUACGUUUGAUUUAUUUUAUUACGCCAAAAAGAUUGAUAGAUACUCUUUAUUGUUUCCUCCAUAAGGUUAGAAUAGUAAACUUACAUAUGCUAUUCCAUACAAUAUACCGUUAAUUAUAAACGAUGUGAGAAACAGUAGAUAAAAAAAACUUUCUCUAAUUAUUCUAAUCGCAUUUGCAUUUUAUCACCAUUAGACAUUGCGUGGAGCUCUGCAAUGUGUACUAAGAAGUUUUUCUUCAAUCUACACAUACGAAAUCAUAAACGACGUACUCGAAUACAAUACAGGUGGUCUAACAUGAAACGAAAAAUCGAAUUUUCGGGCUUAAUUUCUUGUUUUUGUUCGUACCGAAAUCGACCCAGUAAAUGGAGCUUAACAUUUCGUUCAUCAUAAAUCCUAUCCUAAUAGUCUAGAGGAAUAAUGUUUUAACAUUUUUAAUAAUUUUAAACAGCAUGUAUUAUGUAAUUUUAACAUCAAAUUUCUGUUUCGUUCGUGCCCGAAAUUUCGGAAAAUAUUUCAUGGUAGGCCCUUAGAUCUAGCCGACUACACAAAUGCCCUAAGAACAAGGAAUUACAUAGAAGGAAUGAUAAAAUAAAAACUGUAAAUCGUAUGGUUGCCUCAUUUCUUCUUAUACACAUUUUUUUAUACGCUAGCCUGCUAUGAAUUCAUUAAAAUAGCAACCGAUGGUGUAUCUUUCGUCCUCUUUUUACUAAUUAUAUUUGCAUAAGAAGAAAGGAGGCAACCGUAUGAUUCAUAGUUUUUAUUUUAUUAUUCCUUCUAUGCAAUUCCUUGUUCUUAACAAAUACCCGUAUGAUAUUGACAUUUAAAAAAAAAACCAUUCGCGAGUUUUGAUCGUUGUGGAUGAGCGUGGUAAAGUAGAUAAAACGUAUUCAGAACGUUGUAAGUCGAAGUGAAUCUUUUAACCCUUCUUUGCUUAAUGGUGUAAAUUUCCAUCGUAACAUUGAAUGCCCAAAAAUUAUUUAAAAGAACAAGUUCACUUUAAGUUGAUCGUGUCUGGAUACCUUUUUAAUGUCCAUUGCAGAAAAAAAGACAUAGCUGUCAAAUUUAUUAUUUUACCAUUUUUCCUUUAAUUUUGAACAUGAAUCACCUUGAUUUAUUUCACCAAUAAAAAAAAACAUGCAAAGAAGGGUUAACAUUACUUGUGCCACUGUGCGAUAGAGAGAGACUCGAGAAGGGAAUGUGUAUAUUGAAAGAAUGUAAGAAAAAAACACGAGUAUGGCAUAUAUACGAGAUAAGGCAAGAAGAUGAUGGCUGUUUAGUGAUUACAAAAUAAAAAAAAAAAAAAAUAUACCGCUGUGGUUAAAUACAUUGUAUCGCGUUAUUAGUCUUGGGUUUAAAAAUCGAACGUCUUUAAAACUGUCUCGAAUUAUCUUUUAAUAUUCUCGUGCAUCGAACUCUGCCCUAAGAUGCUUCGUUGUUUGGUUUUCAUUGUACAUGAAAACUAGGCGAAUGGUGUGUGAUAUUCUGCCAAAAAGGAAUAAUUAAAAAAAAAUGUUAAAAAGUUUGCAAAAUAAAAAAAAAGUACCUUUAUAAAUAUAAAUUUGUAAGUUGUUUAUGUUUUAAGUGAAUACAAUACAGAAAGUAAGGAUGCUUGAAAAAUUUCCCACAUUGUGAUGUACGAGACGUGCGGACUUGCUCGAGCGUACCGGCACGCGAUUCCAAUGUUUUUUUUUUUUUAAGAAAUCAACUGUUAAAGGAAUUAAUAUUUAGAAUAAUAUUUUAUUUAUAAAAUUGAAGUUUUAAUAAAAGAACUUUUAUUUCAUUGGAACUAUUCGAUAUUUGUUUUUGGAAUGAUUUAAUUUUGUGCAUUUAAAAUAAUACGUAAAUUUAAAAUAUUGUAAGCGUAAUAUCGUUUUUAAUAGUGCCCUUUAUAGUUUUCGGUGUUCAUUUGUUUUAGUAAAUUAUCUAAAUUUAAUUUAUAAUGAACUAAAUAUAAACAUAGGUAUAAUUAUGUUAAGAAAUUAAUUUACAACGAAAUGGAAUUGAAAAUUAAACUGGGAUAUAUAUAAAAUAUAACUUAAAAAAAUCCAACUAAAAAUAGUAAAUUACUCUUAAAUUCGAAUGCCACAUAAAAAGUUGACAAUGCAAAUAUAUGCUGCAAAUGUGGAUGGAUGCAGGUACCGGCGGAGACGUGUACUAACCUAUUAUGAUGAGAAAGACCAUGUCCCAUCUGAAACAGAAGUCAAGAGUUUUCGGAAUCAGCGUGUAUGCGAGAAACGAGCUAUGGAUGUGGAGGAAGCAGCAGAUGUAUGUAAGGAUGUAGGUCUUUGACACUCUGUUCUCUUUGCCUACGCCGCAAGUGACUUGGCGUAAAGAUAGGUAAACAAGUAGGAACUUGUUGCACCUGUAGAUAGGACAUUUUUAAUAUUAUUUUUCGUGUAUCGUUGCCUAUACCUCCUCCCUUUAUCAGAUACGUCAAUUAAUUUUGUAUUUUUUUUUAUAAAACUUAGAAUGGCAAACAAGCUGAAGGCCCACCUGAUGAAAAGUGGUAACCGUCGCCUAUAGACAUGAGCAGUACCACGGACAUAACAGAGUAUACUGUUUCGCCCAUGAUACCCUCCAUACGUUGUCAUUCCUGAGAACUCAGGUGUUAUUCCUCUGUACCCUGUAAAUUCACGCCAUAUCCCACCCUUCAAACCGAAACACAGCCAUGCAGACACAACUGAUUUACGGUUGAAACACGAAUGGGACAGAGGUACACAAGCAAUCGACUUUUGUACAAAGUCUCCUUCGGUUGUAUUUCUUUUUUGUAUUACUUUUGUUGAUGCCAAAUUCAUUUAGUUACUGAUUUUCUCUCUAUUUGCAAUAAUAAUCGAUUCGUAGAUCAAGGAUCUUAAAUUAUGAAAUCUUUCGGACAAUGGAUCGUGUAACCGUGCUGCUUUGAAGAAAAAUGGAUAUGAUGUCAUUUAGGAUAUUGGUUUAUCAGUAUGAAUCAGUUGUUUUGCAUCUCGAAUGAGUUUCUUCAACUGUCUGAUUAGCGGUGUUGUUAAAAAUUCGUUGGUUCCUUCAGUUGACGCAGUGACUCACGCGCAGUUGUCGCAGAUAUAGUUUGGAAUAGACGACGCAACAUCAAUUUAUGUAUUUAAUACAUUUUACUUAAAAAAAAAAGCUAUUGUGAACACACACACACAUUGACGAACGACGUAUAUAUAUUUCGUAGAAAAUAUUUGAAUUUAGAACCUUGAAUUGUGCAAAUAUAAUUAUGGAAAUCGGUUUUACUAUUGGCGACAUAAUUCUUUAGUGUAGCCAUAAAAAAUCAGAAUAAUUGAGUACUUUUUUUAGAAGUAGGUUAAAAAAACUUUAGUUGUUUUAGUCCAGCUGUUUUCAACGCAUUUGCUGGUAACUGGAGAACAAUAAAACAGUACGUCAUUCGAAACUGUAUAUUUGAACUAACAAAAAAAUGUGUCAAAAAUAAAUUUUGAUUAUGUUUUUUGAUAGAAAAAUAUGAAAAAGUAUAAUAUAAAAAUACGAAUUACUACAUAUUGCAAAGUUCUCCGCCGUAUCUGUCUGUAUGUUCGCGAUGAUCUCGAAAACUACUGAAUGGAUUUUAAUGUGAUAUUCAUUUAUCAAUAGAGUGAUUCCUGAGGAACGUUUAGAUGUAUAAUUCUUUAAGGUUUUGUGUAAAUUGAUUGAAAUAUGAAAUUGUCUAGAAAAAUCGAGCAAUCUGGGAGUUUUCAUCGAAAAUGUUGCCUAUUUCGUUUGAGAUAUGACAAAGCAUAGGGGGGUUGUUCCUCUUUUAUAGAUUUACAAAAAAGUCUAUUUCUUGUUGACUAUACUUUAGGAUGGUUUACUAUGCCCACCAAAUUCAUAAUAGGCGCAGCAAGUUGAUGUAAAAAAUGUAACAAUAUAUACUCCAUUACGCAUGCGAAACCGAGGGAGAUCAUUAGUAUGUAUGUAUAGUAUAAAAAAAUUAUGGUUUAGCCAGUAAUAGUUUUUAUAUAUAAAAAUAAUAAUAAAAAUAAAUGCAGUUGCGUUAUCUAUUUAAAUUCAUAUCUGCGAGUUUGUGGUUUGCUUAAAACUGUUAUUUUAAUUGUUGUUCUAAUGAACCUGGUGGCCUAUUCAGAAAUCAGCCUAGACUUACAAAUGUCUAGUCGUUACAGUCUUUGGACAAAAACCACGUUACACAAGUAGGGCACGGAUGUUCGUUAGAAUAUUGGCUGACCACAGAUUUUGUUUUGUUAUCAACCACUGACAUUCCAUGUAUAUUGACUAGACAGGGUAUGUUUAAUGGAUGACAAUGGUAUGGUAACCCCGUCCGAGUUGAAGGUGUACGCUGGCAGGGCACCAGUGAGGGAUGAUAGGUGAUGAAAAGGCAGGUCAAUUAGUUCAUCGUGAUGAAUACACCUGGAAUUCAGCACGAUGGUAUCUAGGGGUGACCACGUGGAGGUCGACCUGACAGGGUAUAUUGCUAGCAAUGGGACUGAUAGUCUGCAUUACUAACAAUCCUUUCCUGCAAACAGGGUAUGUAACUAGCAAUGGGGCCAUUGGGAUUAAUGGUUGCUAGUUAGUAGGUAAAAAUAAAUAUUAAUGAUGGCCAGAAAGGGGGGAUAGUUAGUAAUGGGGAUUAGUAGCCCCAUUGCUAGCAAUAUACCCUGUCAGGUCGACCUCCUCGUGGUUCCUGGAAACCAUCUUGAUUGAUUUAAUGUUAGAUUCGUCAUGGUGGGUGCUUUAUCGUCACCUAUCAUCCCUCACUGGUGCCUCUCCAAUGAAUACCGUUAGCGCAGGUGGGGUUACCAUUCCAUUAUCAUCCAUUAAAAAAAAAUUGUCCAGAAAUGGGAAGGGAUUAAAUCGAUGUUGACCUCCAAGGGAGUGCCCUUGGCCGUGCCCUUUCACAUGUUCCGCGGUAUUGCGGAUAUUUGGUUAUGUAACACGCAAUAGGAAGUAAUUCUUGGCAACUGUUGUAAGUAUGCAUUGCUGAUUCAACUAUGUAUUAUAUUUGAAAUAAUAAAAAUGGCGUAUGAAACAAUGUAAUCUUAGUAAAGUUAUUAAUAAUGAAAUGGUAACUUGAUGGCUGAAGCGGUCUGAAGGGUAAUAGAAGGUAAAAUUUUUAAAUUUUUUUGUCUAUCUGUAUAUGUGGCGUCACGUAAAUAGGUUCCCUAAUUUUGUUCCUGAACACAGUGUAACUUAAAACCUGAUGUAUGUUUUAUUUUUAUCUGUAGUCUUGAUGCACCGUCUAGAAGUGGUUGCAAGUUGCUAUUUCUAAAAUUCACGAGUACAAAGCUGCGAGCAAAAAGUAGUAAAGCGAGUAGUUGUUGAUCAUAUAAUUUAUAAAACUAUUUAAUUAUUUCUAUCAUUAUGUCAGCCGCUAACUGUCCAUUGUUGAACAUAGGCCACCCCCAUAUUUCGUAAGCGUUAGACUUUAAUGUUUUAACGUGGCUGUCCUUCGACCAGUACCUUUAGUCGCUUCUUACGACACUCACAGGAAAAGAAAGGGCCCAUUCUAUACUUUGACCACACGGCGAUAAUUUUUUACACUUGGCACGAUUAAUGCUUGAUCGAUUUUGACAUGUCUUUUUGUUAAAAUACUUGUACACGUAAACGUAGAUAAAAAUAAGUAGCUUGAUUACAUCUUGUAUUAACUUGUUCUGAUUGAUAGUAAUUUAAUUAAAAAAAGGUUUUUAAUUCGUCUGUUUUUCUUAAUGUUACGUGAAUUAUGAAUUAUAGGGCAAGUUCAGCAAAUGUAAUAUGUUUUUUUUUUGUAUAAAAUAUUGGUCAAAUUUAUUGUAAAAUAACAUAAUGCAUGCCCAAUCUGAAGCCGACCUCCUAGAGUGAGUCCAAUCUCUGACCACGUACUGCAAUUUCCAUAAUUAUGUAUGUAAUCCAAGAAAUUUACUUUUGUAUUAAUCCCAUACAAAUUUGCCAUGUUAGAAAUUGUUUUUCUCGAUACAAAACUUACUUAUUUUUAUUACCUAUUUUAGAUAUUCACAGAUUAGAACACGCGAGAUUUUUUAUUGCUUAAUUUAUUGGUAUUGAUUUUAUGAGAUAGUUAAGUAAAUGUAUCUGAUAAUUUCACCGAUUUUCCCAUUGUUCAUAAAUAAAUUAUUCUGAAUUUCUUCAUGAAUUAUUUAUCCAAAUUUUAGUUAAGUUUUUCUUUUUUUUUUUUUUAUAUGAUAUCUAAUUUGUGACUGAUUCCUUUCGUGGGGCAUAUCAUUUUGUAAAACAGAUCCAGCGUGAACCUGAUAUACGAAUUAUUUUGUCCUGUAAGUUCCUUUGUAGAGUCCUUCACGCCGGAUCUGUCACAUCAAUAUGUCUGUUUUAUUGUAUGGUUGUAAAUAGUUAAAUAAAAUAGCUAAUUUAUA